AUGGCGGCUUGGGCAGAUUAUGACCUUAAUAGCUCAUAUACUGGCCAAGAAAAUGACUGGUCUAAUCCAUUAAAAGAAGCUAUUUUCUAUAUGUUCACUUUGGUUAUCUGUUGUGCUGGAUUUUUGGGAAAUGGAACCACCAUUUGGCUUCUUAGCUUCUGCACUAAGAAGAACCAGUUCACCACCUACAUCCUGAACUUGGCUGUUGCUGACUUUGCCUUCCUCAUGACUGUAGAAAUAUAUCAUUGUAUUGCUUUGACUGGUCUAGGCAAAGAUGCUUCUUUAAUAACUCUUCAUCUCUUAAUGUUCACGUACAACACUGAUCUACUUCUCCUAACAGCCAUCAGCAUUGACAGAUGUGUGUCUGUGCUCUUCCCUAUUUGGCAUCGGUGCCACCGGCCGACACAUCUGUCCACCACUGUGUGUUCCCUCAUAUGGGUCCUCUGCUUUCUGUUCACCAUAGUUCUCUACAUUCUCCAAUUAUUUAGCAUAUUUAGCUAUUACGUCACAGCAAGCUUCCAAUUACUCUUGUCUGCCCUGCUCUGCCUCGCACUGAUGACAAUUUCAACGGUGAUCUUAUUCAUCAAAGUCUGCUUUAAAUCACACCAGCAAAAGCGGGGAAGGCUUUUAAUGGUUAUUUUACUUACUCUUCUCUUCUUCCUCGUACUUGCUUUUCCACUUGAUGCCCUUAUUGCCCUUAAUCAUUUUCUAGAUUUUGACAUUCCUGAUCUACACCAUUAUGCUUUUUUGUGUGCCACCCUAAACAGCAGUGCUAACCCCUUGAUCUAUUUUCUGGUUGGGAGGAAGAAGCGAGGUCGAUCCAAAGAGAGCCUACAGGUCAUUCUCCAGAGGGCUUUGAAUGUGGAGGAAGACAACGGACAGGAAAUGGACCGUCCCAUUUCAAAUCCACUUAUGAUCCUUACAUAA